AUGGCCGUGGGCAUGGCAUGGCAUGGGAUGGGCGCUCCUGGCAUGGGAUGGGCGCUCCUGGCAUGGCGAGCUUGGCAGCUUUCCGGUUCUCCCCUUCGCGUCUUCGCAGCAAAGACCAGCAGAGCCUCAACAAGUCACUCACUCUGCCUAACCAAGCCCAUUCGAGCAAGGGCCCCCGCUGGCGGUCUUGGCGGUCUGCACCCCUGGCUCGCCCUUCUUGACGUUGCCAGAGCGAGAGUCGAGCUUAAUUUUAUGACUCGUGAGCAGUGCGACAGACUCUCGAGAGCCGAGAGAGUCGAGAGAUGUGGAAGUCUCAGACCCGCUAGUUCAUCCUCCACACCUUCUUGCCUCCACGCCCCCCAGCAAGCCCCGGCUGGCCGUCGCUUGCUUUGGCAGUGGGUGUAA